AUGAGGCCAUCCUCUGUUACCGCGGUGCUUGGGGGCAUCAUUCACGUUAUCAGUGCUGCUGACCUUGUAAAAGGAGGCGAAUCUACUCUUCUGUCUUGGUGCAUUACGUACCUGUCAACAUACCUGGCCCCCGUGUCAACCAACACAGCUGGUCCGGCCUUGGUAGAAACAUCACUUGUCCCCUCUUCCUCUGGAAAUCCUUGGGCAGGAGCUUCAUCUACCCGAGGACAGCAAGGUCCAAAUUCGAGAGAUUCUCCCCUGUCGCCCACAUCUUCUAUCGGCACGAAUACCUUGCUUCCAUCAGACGCAGGAACCUACAGCCUGUCUUCCACCGCUACGAGCGGCCCAGUCGCAGCCGACGGCAACCUCAUCUUUGCCGUCACUCCCUCCACGGACUCUUCAAAGCGAGACCUGUCAAAGAGAGCCCGUGGUGGUUUUAUAGGUGGCGAGAACGCUGUAAACCCCAACACCUGCACCGAUGCCUCCGCCUUUAGCAUGGUCUCGGGACAGCUUUUCGACAACGGUCUGCCCAUCUACUACAGCGGCGAAACCUACAAGCCAUUCAGUGGCCAGGGGACUCCGCCAGAUGGUUCUAUAACGACCACUUUCCAGAAUGCUCAAGGUCUCCUCCAAUUCGUUAAUCCUUCCUUGCCGAAUGGUCAAGCGGGCUUUUGCCAAGAUUCCACCACUGGAGAAGUGUACAUCACCUUCUCGAGGCGGCCGGCAGACUGUGCGCCAGUCUCGCUCACCAUCUACAGUGGUACGUUUCGAGAAUCAUGA